UUGUAGUAAUUGAAGUUUCCAAGAGCCGGAGAGAAUAUGGAUUCAUCCAUUGCUCAGGGACCAGACGACGACAUGCCAGCAGCCGGUCAACAGUUUGCCCAGUUUGGUGCUGGUUGCUUCUAGGGUGUUGAGCUGGUCUUUCAGAGGGUAUCUGGGGUGACCAAGACAGAGGUUGGUUAUAGCCAGGGCCUCUUGCAUAAUCCAAGAUAUGAGGAUGUGUGUUCUGGGACUACAAACCACUCAGAGGUUGUUAGGGUCCAAUAUGAUCCCGAAGAAUGUGGCUAUGAGACUCUGCUUGAUGUGUUAUGGGCUAGACAUAAUCCUACCUCGCUGAAUGUUAGACCCUGGGAUUUCCAAGCAGGCCCAAAUGUCACUUAUGAGCCUUUGAUCCAUCAUUCAACCAAGGAAUAUGGAUAGUGUAUUCUAGAAGGGGCAAAGUGGGGAUUACUAGCAACUACCUAACAGAAUAGAGAGAGGAAUAUGAUUGUAAUAGGCCAUCAUAUAAGAAGGGAAUGGAGAGGUUGAGAGGUCAUCUUUGGAUCAUUGAGUUGUAGAGAUGAGUAGGAAGCUCUAAGCUUCCUAUAGGAGCUAGGCUCUGUGUCAGAUUUGGGAUACCAUUCCCUCUCUGUAUUUCCAUUUGCCCAUCAAAUAAACAAUCUGUUCAUUCUAUUUCUUGCAUUUAUUUUCAAGGUCCACUGUUAGGAAUCUGGGUUCCUAACAAAAUGGUCCGACCUGCCGGAUUAUCGAAGGAGAGCCAGUGCAAGCCACCAGAGAAGGAGAAACAAAUGGAAGCCAGGGUUGAUGCGCUGAAAACCACGAUCUCAGAGUUUCGCGCUACUCUUGCUGAUGUGCAGGCCACUAUGAAGGAAACUCAUGCGAGUUUGCUUGCAAUGCUUGAGCGAACCUUGGGAAAGACGAUGGUUGAUGAAGGCGGUUCUGGUGGAGCAGUGAAAGAAACGCCGGUGAAGGAUCUGCUUUCAUCCUUGGUUCUGAUGAUGGAACGAGCCAUGGGAAAGAGGAUCCCCGCUGAUGAAGAAGGGAACCGAAAUGGAGGACCUGAACAAUCAGGAGAGAAGACCCCAGAGCAAACUAGGAAGAAGGUGGUGGCGAUUCAGAGUCGCGAUCUGGAAACAGAGAAGGGACCGACGACCUUGAAGGAAAAGCAAGCCAUCCCGGAGGCCAAGCUCUAAUGUUGAAACUCUCCACUCCGGCGAAGCAGGAGGAAGAAGGAACGCCGGAGAAGCAAGCGGAAGAGGAAGCCGGGAUGACCCGUCCGCCGGCGAAGCCACCAAACCCUUCAGGUAGUACGCUUGAACUUAUAAAGUGGGAGGGAGAGAAUUGUUUUCCCCGGAGUUGUUGGAAGUAAGCAGUACAGCCACCCCCGCCACCGGCGAGGCCGCCGGAGUUGUGGCGUGAUGGGGGUUUCUUGGCACCGCUUGUUCUGUCGAGUUGUGAGGAAAUAGAUCGUGGGCACAGAGGAAGAAUGGGUAAGGGACUGAAUUGGGUUGACACAACAAAUGGUUCAAGCCCAAGUCUCCCAAGCCUCAAAUGGUUGGAAUUGGACCAAACAAACGAUUGGGCCCAAAAGACAGAAGUGGUACAAUGUUAUAACCAGGAAUGCAAACACGGGUCACACAUGGAGAUGAAGACAAGUCUAUCACCUCAAAUACAGAGAUCGACGCGUUUCCAAAAAGGGAAGGAAUUGCAGAAUUCUGGGGACACAACAGAGAAGAAUGGUAACGGAUUCACUGAGGGCAUGUGGUGCUCAACUCAGGAGUGUUUAUCGACAUGUGGGUCGACCAAAAGACCCCCAUCAAAACCUUCUCCCUAUUGCGGCACCGUCACGGAGGUCGUGCUGCACAUGUAGCUAAACAGGCAAGCCACCACGGUAUUGAAAGGGACAGAACCAGCGAACAAACUGCAGGAGAGUGGGGCAUUUCAGUUUUUGGGUUUAAACCCAAUUAUCCAUUUACAAGGGUCAAUAUGGAGUCAGAUUACAUGUUCCAGAGUCACAAAUAAAAUUGCAAAGGAUGUGGAAAAACAACUCAGGUGAUUUACAAGUUUUUACUGCAUUUGUGAUGAUGUUUUCAAUUCUGGGCAAUAAAAAAAAGAAGGGGGAUCGGGGUGGGAGUCAUUGGGUUCCACCAUCUCUAUCACAGGGUCAAUCAAGUUCGGGGACAUACUGGUUAAAUGCCUCUGUUGAAUUGAUUGUUGGGUUUCAAAGUGUGGAUUCUCCAAGUGAAGAGCUGUGGAUUCUCCAAGUGAAGAGCUCAAUGCUUCGGGGUCAAGACAUGAGCAAAAGGGGUGGUAUCAAGUUGAUGACCACAAUACAGUUCUUGAGUUUGACCAAGGUAAGGUGGGAAGUGGAAGAGACAAUGGCUUGGGAAAUAUCAGAGUGCUGAGCCUAGCUGUUGAGGAUUGCACUAGCUGGCUACUGCAGAGGCUUAUUUUUGUAGAUGGUGUUUCACUGCUGUGUCAACCACUGUUCAUCAAUUGUAAUUGGCCCAACACUUUAUGCAUAUGGUACUAUUUUCGGUUGCAACUAUGGGAUCCGGGUAGAAGCUGUGUUGAUCACUUGUGUUUUUGUGGCAGAAUUGUUCAUUGCAGUGGCUGGUAUUCUGAUGAGGUGACUGAAAUGAGAGUUGUGUGCCAACUAUCUUUCUAUUCUGUUUUUGUUUUUGAGGGAUUUGAAUGGGUCUUCAUCAAGCUCAGGGCUCUUAGAGAAAAUUCAGUUGUGACCCGUGAUUGUCCCCAGCUGACUGCUCCCUACUAUGGCCCUUAUCCUAUAAUUGCAAGGAUUGGCGCGGUGGCUAAUAGAUUACAAUUACCUGAAGGAGGCCGCGUGCACCCUGUUUUCCAUGCCUCAUUGCUUAAAGAAGCAGUUGGAAACAAUUCUGAGGAUCUACAACUUCUAGAUCACUUGACAGGAGAAGAAGUGGCUAGUGUGCAUCCAUUUUCAGUAAUUACUAGUCGCUUCACUACCAGACAGGGAUCUACACUUCCUCAGGUCUGGAUCCAAUGGCAAGGCAAACCUGCGGAUGAACCAACAUGGAAGGACACUCUUAACAUCAGAAGCCAAUUCCCUGUUUUCAACCUUGAGGACAAGGUUGAUCUUCCAGCAGGUGGUAUUGUUAGACCCUGAGAUUUCCAAGCAGGCCCAAAUGUCACUUAUGAGCCUUUGAUCCAUCAUUCAACCAAGGAAUAUAAAUAGUGUAUUCUAGAAGGGGCAAAGUGGGGAUUACUAGCAACUACCUAACAGAAUAGAGAGAGGAAUAUGAUUGUAAUAGGCCAUCAUAUAAGAAGGGAAUGGAGAGGUUGAGAGGUCAUCUUUGGAUCAUUGAGUUGUAGAGAUGAGUAGGAAGCUCUAAGCUUCCUAUAGGAGCUAGGCUCUGUGUCAGAUUUGGGAUACCAUUCCCUCUCUGUAUUUCCAUUUGCCCAUCAAAUAAACAAUCUGUUCAUUCUAUUUCUUGCAUUUAUUUUCAAGGUCCACUGUUAGGAAUCUGGGUUCCUAACAAAAUGGUCCGACCUGCCGGAUUAUCGAAGGAGAGCCAGUGCAAGCCACCAGAGAAGGAGAAACAAAUGGAAGCCAGGGUUGAUGCGCUGAAAACCACGAUCUCAGAGUUUCGCGCUACUCUUGCUGAUGUGCAGGCCACUAUGAAGGAAACUCAUGCGAGUUUGCUUGCAAUGCUUGAGCGAACCUUGGGAAAGACGAUGGUUGAUGAAGGCGGUUCUGGUGGAGCAGUGAAAGAAACGCCGGUGAAGGAUCUGCUUACAUCCUUGGUUCUGAUGAUGGAACGAGCCAUGGGAAAGAGGAUCCCCGCUGAUGAAGAAGGGAACCGAAAUGGAGGACCUGAACAAUCAGGAGAGAAGACCCCAGAGCAAACUAGGAAGAAGGUGGUGGCGAUUCAGAGUCGCGAUCUGGAAACAGAGAAGGGACCGACGACCUUGAAGGAAAAGCAAGCCAUCCCGGAGGCCAAGCUCUAAUGUUGAAACUCUCCACUCCGGCGAAGCAGGAGGAAGAAGGAACGCCGGAGAAGCAAGCGGAAGAGGAAGCCGGGAUGACCCGUCCGCCGGCGAAGCCACCAAACCCUUCAGGUAGUACGCUUGAACUUAUAAAGUGGGAGGGAGAGAAUUGUUUUCCCCGGAGUUGUUGGAAGUAAGCAGUACAGCCACCCCCGCCACCGGCGAGGCCGCCGGAGUUGUGGCGUGAUGGGGGUUUCUUGGCACCGCUUGUUCUGUCGAGUUGUGAGGAAAUAGAUCGUGGGCACAGAGGAAGAAUGGGUAAGGGACUGAAUUGGGUUGACACAACAAAUGGUUCAAGCCCAAGUCUCCCAAGCCUCAAAUGGUUGGAAUUGGACCAAACAAACGAUUGGGCCCAAAAGACAGAAGUGGUACAAUGUUAUAACCAGGAAUGCAAACACGGGUCACACAUGGAGAUGAAGACAAGUCUAUCACCUCAAAUACAGAGAUCGACGCGUUUCCAAAAAGGGAAGGAAUUGCAGAAUUCUGGGGACACAACAGAGAAGAAUGGUAACGGAUUCACUGAGGGCAUGUGGUGCUCAACUCAGGAGUGUUUAUCGACAUGUGGGUCGACCAAAAGACCCCCAUCAAAACCUCCUCCCUAUUGCGGCACCGUCACGGAGGUCGUGCUGCACAUGUAGCUAAACAGGCAAGCCACCACGGUAUUGAAAGGGACAGAACCAGCGAACAAACUGCAGGAGAGUGGGGCAUUUCAGUUUUUGGGUUUAAACCCAAAUUAUCCAUUUACAAGGGUCAAUAUGGAGUCAGAUUACAUGUUCCAGAGUCACAAAUAAAAUUGCAAAGGAUGUGGAAAAACAACUCAGGUGAUUUACAAGUUUUUACUGCAUUUGUGAUGAUGUUUUCAAUUCUGGGCAAUAAAAAAAAGAAGGGGGAUCGGGGUGGGAGUCAUUGGGUUCCACCAUCUCUAUCACAGGGUCAAUCAAGUUCGGGGACAUACUGGUUAAAUGCCUCUGUUGAAUUGAUUGUUGGGUUUCAAAGUGUGGAUUCUCCAAGUGAAGAGCUCAAUGCUUCGGGGUCAAGACAUGAGCAAAAGGGGUGGUAUCAAGUUGAUGACCACAAUACAGUUCUUGAGUUUGUCCAAGGUAAGGUGGGAAGUGGAAGAGACAAUGGCUUGGGAAAUAUCAGAGUGCUGAGCCUAGCUGUUGAGGAUUGCACUAGCUGGCUACUGCAGAGGCUUAUUUUUGUAGAUGGUGUUUCACUGCUGUGUCAACCACUGUUCAUCAAUUGUAAUUGGCCCAACACUUUAUGCAUAUGGUACUAUUUUCGGUUGCAACUAUGGGAUCCGGGUAGAAGCUGUGUUGAUCACUUGUGUUUUUGUGGCAGAAUUGUUCAUUGCAGUGGCUGGUAUUCUGAUGAGGUGACUGAAAUGAGAGUUGUGUGCCAACUAUCUUUCUAUUCUGUUUUUGUUUUUGAGGGAUUUGAAUGGGUCUUCAUCAAGCUCAGGGCUCUUAGAGAAAAUUCAGUUGUGACCCGUGAUUGUCCCCAGCUGACUGCUCCCUACUAUGGCCCUUAUCCUAUAAUUGCAAGGAUUGGCGCGGUGGCUAAUAGAUUACAAUUACCUGAAGGAGGUCGCGUGCACCCUGUUUUCCAUGCCUCAUUGCUUAAAGAAGCAGUUGGAAACAAUUCUGUGGAACUACAACUUCUAGAUCACUUGACAGGAGUAGAAGUGGCUAGUGUGCAUCCAUUUUCAGUAAUUACUAGUCGCUUCACUACCAGACAGGGAUCUACACUUCCUCAGGUCUGGAUCCAAUGGCAAGGCAAACCUGCGGAUGAACCAACAUGGAAGGACACUCUUAACAUCAGAAGCCAAUUCCCUGUUUUCAACCUUGAGGACAAGGUUGAUCUUCCAGCAGGUGGUAUUGUUAGACCCUGAGAUUUCCAAGCAGGCCCAAAUGUCACUUAUGAGCCUUUGAUCCAUCAUUCAACCAAGGAAUAUAAAUAGUGUAUUCUAGAAGGGGCAAAGUGGGGAUUACUAGCAACUACCUAACAGAAUAGAGAGAGGAAUAUGAUUGUAAUAGGCCAUCAUAUAAGAAGGGAAUGGAGAGGUUGAGAGGUCAUCUUUGGAUCAUUGAGUUGUAGAGAUGAGUAGGAAGCUCUAAGCUUCCUAUAGGAGCUAGGCUCUGUGUCAGAUUUGGGAUACCAUUCCCUCUCUGUAUUUCCAUUUGCCCAUCAAAUAAACAAUCUGUUCAUUCUAUUUCUUGCAUUUAUUUUCAAGGUCCACUGUUAGGAAUCUGGGUUCCUAACACUGAACCAGCAGGGGAAUGAUGUGGGAACUCAAUACAGGUCUGGAAUAUACUAUUACACACCUGAGCAAGAGAAAGAAGCCCAAGAAUCUCUGGAGCAACAACAGAAGAAGUUGAACAGGAAGAUUGUCACAGAGAUUCUUCCUGCCAAGAAGUUCUACAGGGCAGAAGAAUACCAUUAACAGUACCUUGAGAAAGGGGGUCGAUUUGGUUCCAAGCAAUCUUCUUCUAAGGGAUGCAAUGAUCCAAUUUGAUGCUAUGGUUAAAUUCAUAUGGGAAUCAUAACCAAGGAUUGAAAACUUUCUGUUAAUAUAUCAAUAAAGCUAAGUCACACCAUACCCUAUUCUCUAUUGUAUUUGUUGGUUGAAGCUCACCAGAAAGUCAGAUUUGAGUUA